AUGAGCACAGACUUCUGGCGCCGGUCCAGGGUUUCCGCGCGGGCCGUCGACAGUUCUGCGGUCGUCUCUGCUCCCCAGACGCAGCUGCUGAUCCAGCAGCUUCGGCAUGGCCCUCCAAGGCCCUUGCAGCCUCAUCGUGCGUCUUCACUAUGCGGGCUGACAGGACCGUUUUCCAUCGUCAAUUCGUCGACUAGACUCGCGGCAGUACUCUUCCUGCGCGCUUCCGAAGCAAGUGCGCGGUGUACGCUCAGAAGCUUGAAAGAUGCUGUGCUCCGCCUUCUGCCGCCGCCCUCCCCUUGA